UGAUCACCAGUCUCCUGUUUCGAAUCGCGCGGGAUUGAACGCGCGAGAGCUCGUUGAUCUCUAUCUCUUUCUUUCUUUUUUUUUCCAUUUCGCGCGAUGUCCCACGACCAAUGCGUGCUCGCAUUCUUCUUCGGUUUGUUGGCGUUCCUUCCUCCACGCGAAACUCACUGUGCCACGAACGUCACCGACAUCGCGGAGCAGGUCCAGGCGGAGAACGCACUGGCGAAACUGGUGAAGAUGUUUUCCAAACCGGGCGCGUUCAAGCGAGUAAGCCGGGGGAUGUCGAACGGUGUCCCAGUUCUUAAAAUCGACGCGAUACUUGGUGAAAAUACUAUCGAGGCAUCGUUCACGAGCUGUCCCAUGGGCGAAGAGGGCCUGGAGUGUCGAAGGGCUGAGGCUCGACGAUCAGUUGACUGUCCUCGAGGUGACUGUUUCUGUUACGAUUGCGCCGCUGCCGGACCUGACUUGUGGGCCUCUUGUUGUCGUGAAAGCUUGAGGUGCUGUUCUCAUCUCGCAGCGGCUUGCAGAACAUGCGAUCAUCCGACAUUGUAUCCCUUCUGCGCCAAACACUUCAAGAAAUGCGUGACCCAGUAUGACGAGAAACAGAAUUAGAAAGAAGAUCUCUUCGUUUCAACUGUGAUAGUUGAUUUACAAUGAUUACUAUGUGACAAAAAUAUUUUACUUGUCUUCUUCGUUAUCAAAUUGUUUGCAUAGAUGCUGCUCUGACUGGAUGAUCAGAGAUAUUUACUUGAUAUUACAAGUUGCACCGAAUUUUACGCCGUACUCUAAAUUUAGCCUCGAAAGUCGUUAUCUAUCGACCUGAUUGCUUCUGGGCCCAACUUUGUUCGAACAAAGAUUUUUAAUUCCGCAACUGAUUGUAGGUAUCUGAAUCCUGGUAUCAUUUAAAUGAUGAAUCUACAAUCAGACAUUUAUAUUAUUUGUGAAAUAUUAUAUAAUAUACAAUUAUAUUAUUUAAACCGACACAAAAAUUUUUUUGGUUUUUCCAAUUUACAUAAGCUGAAAUUUGUUAUAAUCAAAAAUAAAUUUAUAAAAUAUAAUUAAUAUACUU